ACGCCAGAAGCACCUAAGAAAAUAUCCCAAGUACUGAACUUACACACAGUGAUAUAUAUAUAUAUAGUUUGAUAUACAUAUAUUUUGCUCCACCAAGCACACUGUUUCUCAAUAAUCAAUGAAUUGCCUUCAGAAUCUCCCCAGAUCCUCAGCUUUCCCUCUGCAAAAUUUGAAAUCCUAUUCUGGAAGAAAUCCUCCAUGCCAUGUGAAUAUACUGGGGAUAGUAAACGGCGUCGGUUCAUCUCGGAACCGCAUUGUUGUUGCUAAGGCGGUGUCUGGUUCUGCACCGAGUGCGGAGAACCAGACUUCCAAAAUGGACGAGAAAUCGGAUACAUACAGCAAUGACAUGACUGUAGCUAUGGGAGCUGUCUUGACUUAUAGGCAUGAACUUGGAAUAAACUAUAACUUUAUUCGACCGGACUUGAUCGUGGGGUCAUGCCUACAGACUCCAGCGGAUGUUGACAAGCUUCGCAGUGCUGGAGUGAAAACUAUAUUUUGCUUGCAGAAAGACUCGGAUCUCGAUUACUUUGGGGUUGAUAUCGGUGCCAUUCGUGAAUAUGCCAACAGUUUUGAUGACAUUCAGCAUGUGCGUGCUGAAAUUAGGGAUUUUGAUGCAUUUGAUCUGCGAAUGCGACUUCCAGCAGUGGUAAGUACACUGCACAAAGCCGUAGAGAGGAAUGGAGGUGUGGCCUAUAUUCAUUGCACCGCUGGUCUUGGAAGAGCUCCUGCAACUGCUUUGGCUUACAUGUUUUGGAUUCAAGGCUAUACGCUCAAAGAAGCACACACAUUACUCAUGAGCAAGCGGUCAUGCUUCCCGAAGUUGGAUGCUAUCAAAAGUGCAACUGCUGAUAUUCUUACAGGCCUUAAAAGGAAGCCUGUCAAAUUCACAUGGCGAGGCAAUUGUUCAACAGUAGAAAUUUCCGGACUCGACAUUGGAUGGGGUCAGAGAAUACCUUUGUCGUAUAAUGAAGAAGAAGGUGCAUGGAUUCUCCACAGAAACUUGCCCGAGGGGCAUUACGAGUACAAGUACAUUGUGAAUGGCGAAUGGGUGUGCAAUGUUGACGAGCUCAUUACUAAUCCCAACAAUGAUGGCCAUGUCAACAACUAUGUUAAGGUUUUGGAUGAAAACCCGAGUAGCAACAAUGCUGCAAUUAGGAGUAGAUUAAGUGGUGACGACCCUGAUCUUUCUGCCGACGAACGCAUCAUAAUCAGACAGUUUCUUGAUACUUAUCAAGAUGAGGAUUAGUUGUGUGUGUUUAUAAGUUUUUUUUGUCAUAAAUAUAAUAAGCUGUAAAAGUUGUGUAUAGGCAUGUUUAGCUCACAAUGUGGCAAUUAAUAUAAGAAAAUAACACCACAUGUUAUAUAGCUAGCUGGUACUAUUAUAACAUAAUCGCUAUUAUCCUGACACUUUUAAGGUUUAAUUAAUAAUUAUAGUAAUAAUAAUAAAAAGAAAUGGUGGUGUAGUUCUCUACAUCGCACCCUCUUUUCCUU